GUAAAACACCCCCGAUAAGGCAGGCGCGUCUUCCCCCGUCGAUGUGAACGACGUGACCUCACUCCUCACUCCUCACUCCUCAUCUCUCCUCCUCUUCUCUUCUGUCAUCCCCUCCUCCUCCUCUUCCUCCCCUCACCUCUUCCCCCCACUUCCUCCCCCGCACUAUGAACUUCGCUCCCUACCAGGACGAGUCGCCCGAGGUGGAACGUGCCUUCUCGCCGUCGCCGGUCGAUGCGCAUCGCUCCCACCCCAAGCUCCCCAAUGUCCACUCGCCGCGCGGGUCUCCCGUUCCAGGACUGAACUCCCCCGGCCUCCCAUCCCCCAGCCAGUUCGCCGCCCCGGGCCGCAUAAACACCAACGGGCAUGGGAAUACGGGUUUUGGCAAUGACGUCGAGAGUGGCCGGUGGAACCUAGGGGCUUUUGACACCAGUCUCCCCAUCCGCAUGGAUGUUGAAGCUAUGCUGGCAUAUGUGCUUCUACCUCCUGCGGGCGGUGUGUUUCUCCUACUCGUUGAACACAAGAGUGACUAUGUCCGCUUCCAUGCAUGGCAGUCCAGCAUGCUGUUUACGGCCAUGUUUAUAAUCCACUUGAUCUUCUCGUGGUCAAGCUUUCUGUCCUGGCUCCUGCUCAUUGGCGACCUUGCGAUGAUCGGUUUCCUGAGCAUGCGCGCUUAUCGAGAUGUUGAUACUCUGGAACACUUCGAGGUCCCCGUCUUCGGCCGUCUGGCCAACUCAUUUGUUGACGAUGAAUGAUCUCGCUCUUCUCGGUACGGUACCAUGAUUCGGCUCCUCCGGGCCUGAUCAUGCCAUCGAUACUUCCCACUACGCCUGCCGGAUAAUCCCGAUUAUGGACCGGUGAGCAACAUUGUACAGUGUCAAAUUGAACAUAAUACAGAAUCUCAUAUGUGUGUAUAAUGAUUACUUAUAUGGCUGGCGCGCACAUAAUACUUUGUCAAGAUGCCUCAUGCAUGUCUCUUUCUCUCUUCACUAUCUUUCAC